AUGAUAGAUACAAGGUGGGGUGUACAGUCCAGCACUCUAACAUGCCUGCCCUCUCUCCUAUUCUGUAGGCUGGAAUGGGUGGAGAUCAUCGAGCCUCGAACCCGAGAGCGGAUGUACGCCAACCUGCUGACAGGGGAGUGCGUGUGGGACCCUCCUCUGGGGGUGCGGAUCAAGCGUACCAGCGAUAACCAGUGGUGGGAGCUGUUUGACCCCAACACCUCGCGCUUCUACUACUACAACGCUUCCACACAGCGCACAGUGUGGCACCGACCCCAGAACUGCGACAUCAUCCCCCUGGCCAAGCUACAGACUCUCAAGCAGAACACAGGCUCGCCACGUGCCUCCGCGGAGAACAGCCCAGGCCGGAACAGCAACGUGAGCCGUGAGGGCAGCACCUCCUCCUCCCUGGAGCAGGAGCUGGAGGGGAAGGCGCUGCCCCAGGCACAGGCACAGACUCUGCAGCAGCAGCAGCAGACGUUGGGCAGAGACGAGCCUGACAGGAUGUCUCCUUUCCGCUGGAACACAGGCACCAAGGAACGGAUGCUAAUUAAGGUGACAGACCGUGAGCCCAGCUUCCUGGCUCACCAGGGCAACGGCUUCGAGGGUCCUGGGGGAGGAGGGGGCGGCACACGGUCACGGCGCUCCUCUGGAAACCAACCCAUGCCUCCUGAGCCGGAGAACUGCUCUGUCUUCUACCCUGAGCGCCGUCAGUCCCCUUUCCUGAAGCGGGUCGAGCUCGGGGGCUCCCCUCUGAUCGGUCGAGGGGACCCCUUUCAGCACCGCCGGGCCUCGGGCGACUCUCAGCCUCCCUCACCCCGCUGUGGCUACGAGCCCCCACUCUACGAAGAGCCCCCCUCCGAAUACCAGCCCCCCAUCUACGAGGAGCCCCCGACAGACAUGCACUGCGAGGCAUCCCUCUAUGGCAAGGCCUGCUCUCCUCAGCAGAAAUCCCCUGGACGUAAGCCCCAGUUGCCACUCUUUCACUCCCCGAAGCAGGGUUCCCACUCCCCCUACCAGCAGUUGGUGCUCACCAAGCAGAAGUGCCCGGAGAAGUCCCUGAGCCUGGAGUACAGCCCAGCCGGCAAGGAGUAUGUCAAGCAGCUGGUCUAUGUGGAGCAGUCCGGCUCCAGCCCGCGCUUCAAAACAGCCGACCGGCUGCAACGCUACCAGCCAUCCAACACCAUCGCUGGCUACGGGGGCUCCUACACCCUGCAGCACAGCCAGUCCCUCAUUAGGGACCCCCGCACAACUGACCGCAGCAACAGCAACCCAGGGGAACCCUGCGAGCUGCGCCAUCUGCUCUACGAUGACUCCAUGUCCUGGUCCAGCCAGCCGGACACCCUCUCAUCCACAGGGGGCUACUCCCCGGGCAGCCGCAAGCGCAAGAGCCGCAAGCCCUCUCUGCCCCAGGAGAUGCCUGCUCACUGUGGGGAGAGUGUAGGGGAGUGUGAGCCUGCAGGGAGAGGCACCAUGGACAGACAGCAGCAGCAGCAGGGAGGAGUGGUGUUGGCCGCAGAGUCACCCCUAUCUGGUUACCCCGAAUCCUACCUGACUCAGGGCAGGCUGGCCUGGGAAGCCCAGCAGGUGCACCAGCUACGGCAGCGCAGUAGCUGGGACGCGGCCCAGCAGCAGGGGGCCUUGCAGAGCCAGCUGCAGCAGGGCGUCGGGGGCAAGGACGGGUACGAGAGCGAUGGUGCCGUGCCCCAUCCCCUGCCCGGACCAGUGGUCAGAGCUUUCAGUGAGGACGAGGCGCUGGCGCAUCAGGAUGCCCGGCACUGGAAAAGGAGCACCUUUGAAAGGCUGGGUUUCCCGCAGGUCCUACUGGAGAAGAGCGUCUCUGUGCAGACCAACCUGGCCUCUCCGGAGCCAUUCCUGCACCCCUCCCAGUCAGAGGAUCUGGGUGCCUGCGCUCAGUUUGAGUCCAGCCGGAAUGCCCGUAACAUGAACGCGAGCGCCAGCUGCGUGUUCCCGGAGUUCACACUGCGCAAGCCCUCCUCAGAGACGGACAUCGAGAACUGGGCGUCCAAACACUUCAACAAGCAUACACAGGGUCUGUUCCGCCGCAAGGUCUCCAUCGCCAACAUGCUGGCCUGGAGCAGUGAACCUAUCAAGAAGCCCAUGAUCAUGACCUCCGACCGGGGUGUCAAGAAGGAGGCCGUGGAGAUCUUCAAGCUCAUCCAGAUGUACAUGGGAGACCGGCGGGCCAAGACGGACCAGCUGAACGUGGCUCUAGAGAUCGCCAUCAAGGGCUGGAGCGUGCAGGGGCUCAGGGACGAGCUCUACAUCCAGCUGUGCCGCCAGACCACAGAGAACUUCCGUUACGACAGCCUGUCGCAUGGGUGGGAGCUCAUGGCCAUCUGUCUGGCCUUCUUUCCACCCACACCAAAGUUUCACUCCUACCUGGAGGGCUACAUCUAUCGGCACAUGGACCCCCUGAACGACACUAAAGGGGUUGCCAUCAGCACCUACGCCAAGUACUGCUACCGCAAGUUACAGAAAGCAGCUCUCACCGGGGCCAAAAAGGGUCUGCAGAAGCCCAACCUGGAGGAGAUCAAGCAUGCGAGGAACGCUGUAUUUUGCCCUUCGAUGUUCGGCAGCUCCCUGGAGGAAGUGAUGGUUAUGCAGAAGGAGCGCUAUCCAGAUCACCAGCUGCCCUGGGUGCAGACCAGACUCUCUGAGGAGGUGCUGGGGCUCAAUGGGGACCAGACCGAAGGCAUCUUCAGAGUCCCUGGUGAUAUUGAUGAGGUGAAUGCUCUCAAGCUGCAGGUGGACCAGUGGAAUAUCCCCACUGGACUGGAGGACCCUCACAUCCCAGCCUCGCUGCUGAAGCUGUGGUACCGGGAGCUGGAGGAGCCUCUGAUCCCUCAUGAGUAUUACGAUGAGUGCAUCACUCACUACGAGGACCCAGAGGCUGCAGUGCAAGUGGUGCACUCCCUGCCGGAGAUCAACAAGCUGGUGCUGUGCUACCUCAUCCGCUUCCUCCAGGUCUUUGGUCAGCCUGACAACGUGUCGAUCACCAAGAUGGACGUAAACAACCUGGCCAUGGUCAUGGCUCCCAACUGCCUGCGCUGCCAGUCUGACGACCCGCGCAUCAUCUUCGAGAACACGCGCAAGGAGAUGUCCUUCAUCCGAGUACUCGUGCAGCACAUGGACACCAGCUUCAUGGACGGGUUGCUAUAGUGCCAGGGAGCCCGGGGGGGUUCAUAGCAAAAACACUACCAACAAACUAGCAAAUGGGAACAAACACACACACACUUUGUGGUGUUUGUACUGACUGUUUGACAGAGCUGAUCUAACACAGAGAAAGGGUCAGAAGAGGGGCUGUUCAGUUUUGGGAAGGGGGAGGGGGUCUUUUCAUCCUUCGAUAUCGUGCUGUGUAUCUUGUGCUCUAGGAUAGUCUGAUUUCUAUACUUCUGUGUGUCUGUCUGCCUUGAAUGUGCGUGUGUAAUAUUACAUAGAGAAUGCAAAGCAUCCCAAGCGAGAACUUACCAGACAGGCUUAUCACGGCAAAUUGACUUAAACAAAUACAUUUUAAAAAAUAAUUACAUUUGUUUAUUUGAAUGAUUUUAGUUUCUGUGCAAAAUCCACUGUUCUCAGUAAAUUAACAGGGUUGGUAUUUUUUAUUUUUUUAAAGGGCAUUGUUUUAUACAGUAUAUUUAUUCAUUCUUACUUUUUAUAUAUAAAUGCCUUUCACAAGGGACAGGUAAUACUGAAAUAAUGUUUAUGUGUGUGUGUGUGUGUGUGUGUGUGUGUGUUUAAUGAGUAUAUCAAGUCAGGUUAUCCUUAAACUGAGAGCAGAGAAGAAAUAAAAAGUCCUUCUUUCAACAUGAAGGCCGUGCCAAAACAUGUGAAGCAGUCCUGGGAUAUUUUCUGUGGAUAACACAGGGUUAAUAAGAGGACUGUUAAUUCCUCAUUAAACCACUACCAAGACUGACUGCGCUUCCCUCAACCUCCCUGGGAAUCAGUGAACAGACCCACCCCCAUCUGCCUUUCAGUGCUGUCCAGGACCUUGGCUAGCAGCAGCUACAAGUAAACGACCCUAACCUGCUCCAGCAACAACAAAAUAAGAGAUGCCCCCCUUGGAUCCAGCUAUCGCUCCCCAAAACCAAGCUGGGUGUGUUUAGCUGUGUGCACAUUGUCAUGGUCUGGAGAAGUGUUCCAGGGUAUUUUGUAUACAUUGUAUUGAAUAUGCCUGUACAGGAUUUGCUGUACUAAACACCAUUGUUUGCGCUAAAGAUUUGUUAGCCCAACCCCAAAGCCCACCUGCCCCCAAACUGAUGUUUUAAUUAGUGUUGCCCCUAGGAGCAUGUGUGCUUGUUCCCAAUGAGGCCUCUCUCCAGUUAGGUAAGGCAGCCCCAAAAGCUCUGCUCUCAAACAUGGUGGUGUUAUCAUAUUUUUUAUUAUGGUACUGCCUCUAUCUGUCAUAGCGAACUGUAUUGGAAACUAGAUUGGAAACUGCU